AUGUCUGCCCAGAGUUCCAGUCAACAUAAUAACACUACACUGGGGGCUGUGCCGAGAACCCCAGCUUUGGUGGCUGCAACUCGUCUACUCGAGACUGCUAUCAACGAGGAGUCUGGUGGUUCUUUCUUUGGUAAACUUGGUCCUCUCGGGGUCGCCCUCUGUGAUGCCUACAAGGAUCACGAAACUGUCGUGAGUUAUAUAGCGCAGGAUCCGCUACCCGCUGUUCAGGGUCACUUCGAGGCCUUCAUCACAGAACUCCACCAAUUAUUGGCCGAGGAACUGUGCUAUCCCUACCCCUUGGAAGGCGGAGGGGCCCCUGAAGAUAUCUGGUGGCUCUUGGUGGCUCUAAAAUGGUGUGUGGUCUUCACGGUGGUGGAACUCUCCGGUAAAACUAUAAAAGGCAGGAAGGCUCUCAGAGACUCACUGGUGGUCACUGUUGACGCCUAUCGCAGGUACGUCGGUUCUCUGGCUACGGGCUUUGCCCGUAGCUUCUCCAAACAAGGCCCUCGAGAGGAGCCGGUCGCUACUGGUCCCUAUCUGCCUCCUGUACCGAGUCCAGUACAGGCUGGCCUGGUGGGUUACCCGGGAUUUGCUAAGGUACCCGAUAGCGCUGCUCCAAUGGUGAAGGUUUCUAUCCCUCCCGAGCAACCGGGGAAUGCGGCCGGUGUGCAGCAUGGUACGGCUAAUGAUGCCUCACUCCUGUCCGGACACACGUCUGGUACGGAAUAUGUUUCGGCUCUGGGCGCACCGAUCGGCGGAUCCCGUGAUGAACUCUUCUUUAAAGGGCAUCGUAGAGCGAAGCAAUUGGCUGAUGUAUCAGGCAUCGAGCCAUUUGAUG